AAAUCAAACAACAAAAAAUACACCAGAUUGAGAGAGACACAGAGAAAUAUUCGGUUCUUAAAACAAACAAAAAUUUAUGUCAAAUUAUAGGGUUGAAGGUUUGGUUAAACUUAUUUUGAAAUAUGCGUGAGAUAUAUGCCCCGUAUUCAGAUAAAGAAAUGAGCCGCCAACAUCAGCGGCACCACCAGACGCAGCAGCAGCAGCAGUUGCAGCAACAACAGCAGCAGCAGCAGCUGACGGUGCAACAGCAGCAGCAGCAACAGCUGCUGAUGGCCGAACAUGCGGCGGCUGCCGAGGCCGCGGAGCUGUUCGAUCUGCUCUGCGUGGCCACGACAAUGCGCCAGAUCCUGGCCCUCCAUCGGGCCAUGUGCGAGGCGGUGGGUCUGCGGCCGUCGCCCCUCAACGACUACUACCCCAAGCUGAAGGCGAAGGUGCGCUCGUGGAAGGCCGCGGCGCUGUGGAAGAAGUUCGAUGCACGGGCCGCCCAUCGGGUGUACGGCAAGGGCACCGCCUGCACGGGCACCCGCGUGCUGGUCAUUGGGGCGGGGCCGUGCGGCCUGCGGACGGCCAUCGAGGCGCAGCUGCUGGGCGCCAAGGUUGUGGUGCUGGAGAAGCGCGAUCGGAUCAGCCGCAACAAUGUGCUGCAUCUGUGGCCCUUUGUGAUCACCGAUCUGCGCAAUCUCGGGGCCAAGAAGUUCUACGGCAAGUUCUGUGCCGGGUCCAUCGAUCACAUCUCCAUUCGGCAGCUGCAGUGCAUGCUGCUGAAGGUGGCGCUGCUGCUGGGCGUCGAGAUCCACGAGGGCGUGAGCUUCGAGCAUGCCCUGGAGCCCAGCGGCGAUGCCAACGGCUGGCGGGCGGCCGUCACACCGGCGGAUCAUCCGGUCUCGCACUACGAGUUCGAUGUACUGAUCGGGGCGGAUGGCAAGCGCAAUAUGCUGGACUUUCGGCGCAAGGAGUUUCGCGGCAAGCUGGCCAUCGCCAUCACGGCCAAUUUCAUCAACAAGAAGACGGAGGCGGAGGCCAAGGUGGAGGAGAUCAGCGGCGUGGCGUUCAUCUUCAACCAGGCCUUCUUCAAGGAGCUGUACGGCAAGACGGGCAUCGAUCUGGAGAAUAUCGUCUACUACAAGGACGAGACGCACUACUUUGUGAUGACCGCCAAGAAGCACAGCCUGAUCGACAAGGGUGUCAUCAUCGAGGACAUGGCCGAUCCCGCCGAACUGCUGGCCGGCCCCAAUGUCGACACCCAGAAGCUGCACGACUAUGCCCGCGAGGCGGCCGAGUUCUCCACCCAAUACCAGAUGCCCAAUCUGGAGUUUGCCGUCAAUCACUACGGCAAACCGGACGUGGCCAUGUUCGAUUUCACGUCGAUGUUCGCCGCCGAAAUGUCCUGCCGCGUGAUUGUGCGCAAGGGCUGCCGCCUGAUGCAGUGCCUCGUCGGCGACAGCCUCCUGGAGCCGUUCUGGCCGACCGGUUCGGGCUGUGCCCGUGGCUUUCUCUCCAGCAUGGACGCUGCCUAUGCCAUCAAGCUGUGGUCGAAUCCACAGAACAGCACAUUGGGUGUGCUGGCGCAGCGCGAGAGCAUCUAUCGGCUGCUCAAUCAGACGACGCCGGACACGCUGCAGCGGGAUAUCAGCGCCUAUACGGUGGAUCCGGCCACACGGUAUCCGAAUCUCAAUCGGGAUUCGGUCAACAGUUGGCAGGUGAAGCAUCUGAUCGACACCGAUGACCCGUCGGUGCUGGAGCAGACCUUCAUGGACACGCAGCAUGCCACGCUGCAGACGCCGCAUGUGGAGACGCCUGGCAGGAGGAAGCACCGCAGCGGAGAUUCGCUGCCGCAAGCCGCCUCGCUGCUACGUUGGAUCGCCGCCCAACUGCAUUCGCAUCAAUUUGUGCCUGAGCUCAAGGAGCCAUCCGAUGUGCUACGCAAUGGACGUGUCCUCUGUGGCCUGAUCAGUCGAUAUCGUCCCGACCUAAUCGACUUUGCGGCCACCAAGGAAAUGAGUCCCUUGGAGUGCAACGAGCUGGCCUUUGCCGUGCUGGAGCGCGAGCUGAACGUUAAGCGGAUUAUGAGUGCCAAGCAAUCGCUCGAACUGUCCGACAUCGAGUCGCGGCUGUGGCUGAACUACUUGGAUCAGAUCUGUGAGCUGUUCCGCGGCGAGAUACCGCACAUCAAGCACCCCAAGAUGGACUUUAGCGACCUGCGACAGAAGUACCGCAUCAAUCACACGCACGCGCCGCCGGACUUUUCCAAGCUGCUGCAGACCAAGCCCAAGGCCAAGUCGCCCAUGCAGGAUGCCGUCGAUGUGCCCAUCACGGUGCAGCGACGCUCGGUGCUGGAUGAGGAGCGGGCCAAGCGGCAGCGGCGACACGAGCAGCUGUUGAACAGCGGUGGAGUGGCAGCCGCCGCCGCAGGGGCGACCGGCGCAGCAGGAGGAGCAGGAGUAGGCGGAGGAGCUGCAAUCAGCGGCACCAAUGCAGGGGGCAGCAAUCUACACGCGGGCCAAAAUGAUACGCCACGUCGAUCGAAGAAGCGUCGCCAGACAUCAGACAAAACGGCCAACAUUGAGGAGCGCCAGCAGCGUUUGCAGAAUAUCGAAGAGAAUCGACAGGAGCGGAUGAGCAAGCGCCGGCAGCAGCGCUACCAUCAGACGCAGAAUUUCUACAAGAGCCUGCAGCUGCUGCAGGCGGGCAAGCUGCUGCGAGAGGGCGAGGAUGGUGUGGCCGAGGAUGGCACCGCCUUUGAGGAUUACUCGAUAUUCCUGUACAGGCAGCAGGCGCCCAUUUUCAAUGAUCGCGUCAAGGAACUCGAACGCAAGCUGCUGUUUCCCGAUCGCGAACGCGGCGACAUACCCUCGGCGCUGCCGCGUAGCGCCGCCGAUGAGCAAUUCAGCGAUCGCAUCAAGAGCAUGGAGCAACAAAUGACCGGACGCGGCGGCCUGGGCGGCGACAAGAAGCCCAAGGAUCUGAUGCGGGCCAUCGGGAAGAUCGAUUCGAGCGACUGGAAUGUGCGCGAGAUCGAGAAGAAGAUCGAACUGUCCAAGAAGACGGAGAUCCAUGGGCCCAAGGGCCGCGAGAAGGUGCCCAAGUGGAGCAAGGAGCAGUUCCAGGCCCGCCAGCACAAGAUGUCCAAGCCGCAGCGUCAGGAUUCGCGCGAGGCCGAAAAGUUCAAGGACAUCGAUCAGACAAUCAAGAAUCUGGACAAGCAGCUGAAGGAGGGCCACAAUCUGGAUGUGGGCGAACGGGGCCGCAACAAGGUCGCCUCCAUAGCCGGCCAAUUUGUGCGCAAGGACGAUGCCAAUUCGGAUGAGGCCAGCAACAGCGUCGCUCAGUCCAAUACAGUCAUACCGAAAUCAAGCUCUAAGGUGGCACUGGCCUUUAAGAAGCAGGCCGCCUCGGAGAAGUGCCGCUUCUGCAAGCAGACCGUCUACCUCAUGGAGAAGACCACUGUGGAGGGUCUGGUGCUGCAUCGCAAUUGCCUCAAGUGUCAUCACUGCCACACGAAUCUGCGACUGGGCGGCUAUGCCUUCGAUCGGGAUGAUCCGCAGGGCCGCUUCUACUGCACACAGCACUUCCGGCUGCCGCCCAAACCACUGCCACAGCGCAGCAACAAGGCCAGAAAAUCUGCUGCCGCUGCUGCUGCUGCUGCUGCUCAGGCUGCCUCGCCUGCGGCUCAACCAAGCGGUGGAGCUGCUGCAGCUGCGCCAGUCGAGCGCAUGGACACCAACCAGGAUGGCCAACUGGCCAGAGAUCAAGUGGACCUGCUGGAGACGACAAUGCCCGCGGAUGGCAUGUCCGACGAUGAGGCCAAUGUGAUUGAUGAGCACGAGUGGUCGGGCCGCAAUUUCCUGCCCGAAUCCAACAACGAUUCGCAGUCGGAGCUCUCCAGCUCGGACGAAUCGGACACCGAAUCCGAUUCGGAGGUGUACGAGGAGGCGGACGAUUCACCGUUCGGGGCACAAACCCUCCAGCUGGCCUCCGAAUGGAUUGGCAAGCAGUACUGCGGGGAUGAUAGCGAUGAUACGACCGAUUCGUAUGAUUCCAGUGAUGGCAUUGCGGAUGAUGGCAAGGACGACACCGAGGGCGAGGACUUUAAGAAGGCUCGUGAGCGGAGACGCGAGGAGGUGCGCCUGCAGCCGCUGCCCGCCAAUCUGCCAACGGACACGGAGACCGAGAAGCUUCAGCUGAACGUUGAGAACGAUAAGGAGAAUGUGGAGCGCAGCUCUCUGCGUUCGGCCAACUCCUUUGAGUCGGCGCGCAGUCAGCCGGCGACACCCACAGCUGUCACAGCCACAGCCACGCCCACGCGCGCCGAGAUGGAGCAGCUGGAGCGGAAUGCACCGCGCAAGUUUAGCAGCGAGAUUGAGGCAAUCAGCGAGAAGCUCUACCACAUGACCAACAUGGUCAAAAUGAACAAGGAUCUCGAGCUGCUGGCCAAGGAGAAUCUCGUCAAGAGCGACAUUCUGCGCAAGCUGACGCUCAAGGAGAAGUGGCUGGCCGAGAAUGCGGCCAUAGCAGCGGGAAUGGCCACCCAACAAAAGGUUCCAGCUGCUGCUGCUGCAGCUCCUUCUGCUGCUGCUGCUGGAAAGCCCAAAUCGCAGUUUGAGCAAAAAUACGAAAAGCUGCAGUCGAUGGCUGAGGUAAAGCCCAAGCCCAAGCCCGUCAUAGACUUCAAUUUGGAAGAGCUGCGCCCACGCAAGCCCAACUUUGAGGAGCGGCCCAAGGAGCUGCUGCCGCGGCCAGCGAAGAGCCUGAAGAGUCCCAGGAGCAGUGCCAAUGUCAGCCGCUCCAGCAGCCUCAAGAGCAAUGCCAGCACGGCAGGGAGUCCACGCGUCCAGAAGAAGGACGACACCAAAAUGAACAUUGAGGGGAUUCUGGGCACGAUAAAGAAACUGCAGCGACAGCAAAGCAACCCCAACCAGAAGCAGAACCAAGACGAGGACGAGGAUGAGGCUAUGGAUGUGGAUGUGGCUAUGGAAGUGGAUGAAAAGGAGCUGCAGGGAAAGAAAGAGCUGAACAGCAAGCUAAAGGAGAUCCAGGCAAGCAGCUUUGCGGGCACAAUGGAUCACAUUCGGUCCCAACUGACAAUGCCCACGGUGAGCGCCCAGGCAGAUCCCGGCUCCGUGGAUCUGGCCAAAUACUUUCCUAACCAGAAGCCGGAGAAGAGCGCCGCCCUCAAUACGAACAAGAAUCAGAAGACGCUGAAGGAUGUGGAUCUGGCCAAGUACUUUCCCAGCAGUCCGGCACCGCAGCGUCGAACCGUGGAGACGGUGGCCGAUCGACUGAAGAAAUCACAGACAGAGGCCUCGCUGGCCAAGACCCAGGCACAGGCACAGACACAGUCGAAGCCUGCCAAGGAGGGCGAGGAAAAGGCAAAGGAAAGGGAAAAGGAAAAGCCAGUGCCACCCAAAAGGCAGGCAUCGCUGAACACUUUCAGCUUGCGAGAGCACCAAAUGGAUGGGGCACUGGAUCUGACCAAAAAGAAGGUGACGCCCGUGAAGGUGCCCAAGACAACCGGCAAACAGCUGGCAGGAGCCACAGCAACAGCAACAGCCACCGCAACAGCCACAGCUACAGGCAAAGGCAAGAUUAAGAUUAUUAAGAAAAUUGUGCCCAAGGGAACAAAGGCCAAGAAGGCGGCAGCCGCACAAGAGGCAGCCGCAGCCGCUGCCUCUGCUGCAGCCAAAGCAGUCGAGAAGCAGCCGCCCAAGGACGAAGCCGAACGCAUCCUGGACGAGAUAUUGGGUGGCGAUGGGGAGGUGCGCUCGCCCAGCAGCGAGUAUCAGCGGCUCUUCCAGGACGAAAAGUCGCCCAGCGAUUUGUCGGACAACAUCGAUCGCAUACUCGAGGAGUGUGGGCUGGAUCUGGAGCUGGGACUGCCGCGGCGCAGCAGCAAGAAGCUGCUCAAGACCAAGUCCCUGGGCGAAGGUGACUUUGAGCUGAAGCCCAGUGGCAGUGGCAGUGCCAGCUCGCAGCUGACGGGCGUGCAGAACAUCCUGAAGCGGUUCGAGUCGAUGAGUUCGGUGGCCUCGUCCACGCACAACAGCGACGAGCAGGCGGCCUUCAAGCUGCGCCGCAUGGAGUCGACCACCAGCAACCUGAGCAGCCUGACCCGCUCCCGUGAGUCGCUCGCCUCCCUGGCCAGCGACUCGAUGAGCGAUCUGGAGCGAACGAUGGACUAUCUGCGCAACGAGUGGCGCAACGAGGCCACCAACUUUCUGCAAAAGAAACGCGACAAGUUUUACGCCCAGAAGGCGGUCGAGCAGCAGGAAAGGAAGGCCGCAGCAGCGGAUCCCCUGCGGGAUCUGCCCGUGCAGUAUCGCGACUCCAAGCUGGCCAAAUUCUUUGGCCUGGGCACGCGAAAGUCGCCCGAGAAGCGCCGGUCACCCAUCAAGAAGACGACAAAGAAGAAGUCGCCCAGCCCCAAAAAGAGCCCAAAGGCGGCCGCAAAGGCCAACAAUUCGCUGGAGGAGCUGGCCAAGAUUGGCAGUGCCCGCCAGGCCAAUCAGCAGGCGGCAAAGAAGUCCGCGCCGAAGGCAAUGCCCCCCAGGCCACAGCUGAAACCGGCCACACCAGUGCCAGAUGACUUUGAGGUGCUGGAUCUGCUGCAGAAGGCCACAGAGGCCAAGGAGCUGGUGGAACGUUCCAAGACAAAGAGUCCAGCCAUCAAGGAGGAGCCACAAGAGGGGCCAGUGGCAGUUGCGGCGCCAGUUGCUGCUCCUCUGCCCGUUGAGGACAUCAAGAACCUGCCCAAGACGGGAUGCGACAAGUCGCUCAAUAGUUCGCGUCGCGGCUCGCAGUCGAGUCUGGUGUUGUCCAGACGCCAGUCGCUGGAUAUAUCCCUCCAACAAGAUGCUUUGGAGGCCCUAACCACCAGCCUGGAGCAGGCACAGGAGGAGCAGCAGCAGCAACAGGCACAAGAGGAGGCGCAGCACUUUGAUGAACUCUUCCAGGACAUGGUGGUGGAAGCGGAUGAGCCACCCAUCGAUGAGGACUUGGAUGCCGACUCCCUGUGCACCACCAUCAGCAAGAGUCCCAGCGCCCAGCCCGUGACGGUGGUGAAACGUGGCAGCUCCGAGGAUCAGAGCAUCGAGAAGCUCUUCGGCCACUUUUCGGACGAGAUGCUGGUGCAGGUGGAGUUCGAUUCGAAUGACGAACUGGUGGGCAUAACACCCACGGUGGUGGGUGCUCCGAUGCCAGCCAGCCGCUCGGCGGAGCGGGAUUACUUGGACAAACUGGAGUCGCUGGAGCGGGAUGAAGAGCCAGUGCUGGCGGGGGAUGAAGAGCCAGUGCUGGCGCGGGACAGAUUCCAGACAGAUGAUGACGAUGAUAAUGAUGAUGCACCCCACGAUGAGGUCGAUGGCAGCAGCCAUUUCCCCAUGCGACCGCAGCGCAGGGCCAAGAGCAGCUCCUCCUCCAGUGAGCCAUCGCUGCCGGCAGCAUCCCAGCGGCUGCAGCAGAAGCUGGCGCGGCUAGAUCCCGAGGAUAUGGCGCCCUCGGUGCAGGAUUUGCUGCAGCAGGUGUACGCAGAGCCGCAGGACUUGGAGCCGGGGACAGCAUUGAAGUUUCCCAGUUUGCUGAUUGAAGAAGAAGAUGUGGCAGUGGCAGUGGCAGACGCUGCAGAGGAACGCCACAAAGAAGGAGAGUUGGAAGCGGAUGUCGCCCCAGUCGCUGUCAAGCCAGCAGCGACUGCGACUGCGACCAGUCAGAGCGGCAGCUCUUCCCGCAGCAGUCUCCUCGAAGUGCAGGCGCCCAAGGGGGCCAUGGUGCCGUCUCGCAGCAAGGAGAACUCCCUCGACUGGGACAUGGAGAAGCUGCCCGCCUCGCCCAUGCCGCGUCGUCGGCUGCCGCAGACCCAGCUGACCCAGCAGACGGCAGCCAGCAAGGAGAGCUCCCUGGAGUGGGACAUGGAGAAGCUGCCCAACAGUCCCAUGCCGCCGCGACGCAACAACAAAGUGCGCAAUGCCUCGCCCAGCAGCAGCAGCUCCAUUCAUUUGCUCAACAAUCUGCAGUCGGAUGCCGACGAGGAGGUGGCCCAGCGACGUCUCAUCGAGGACUUUGAGCGUGAGCGUCGCCAGGCUCUGAUCCGACGCGACGAGAGCUUCGAGGCGACGGCCGCAGAGCAGCGCAGACGCGACUCCCUGCAGAGCAGCAACAGCAACGGCAACGGCAACAACAAUUCCAGCAGUAAGCGCAGCCUGCCGCCACCCACACCCCCGCCACCAGCGGCGUCCUCAGGCAAGAUGAGCAGCAGCAGCAGCGUGGCCCGUCGUGGGGAUACCAAGCACGAGGGCACGCCGCCCAUGUUCAAGAAGCUGGAGCUGGACAACGAGAGCAGCUGUGUGACGACUCCCCUGGACUCGACGACCACCUGCUCGACGCGUCGCAGCUCGUUUGCAUUUAUAGAGUUACAGGACAACAAGCCGGUGAUUGUGCCGAUGCCCAGGAAGCUGAAGCUGCCGAAGCUGCAGCAGCCCAAGUUUGUGCCCGAGCCGGUGGCCAGCGACGAGCCCGUGCCGGAGGUCUUCCAGGGCCGAGCCUGGCCCAAGGUGCAGAUCGAGGGCGUGUCCGCCGGCCUGGACAGUGAUGCCGAGCCGGAUGAGGAGGCCGCGAAGCAGCUGCUGCCGGACUACGCGCGCGUCGGCGACUCGCCCCCAGCGGCGGCAUUCAAGAACCGCAAGUGGCCCGAUGGCAAGACGAUCUUUGAUCAGAAUCAGACAGCUGCCGUAGGUAUCGAUGAUGAUGAUAUACUGGGCCAAUAUUUGGAGGCCAGGCGGCGGAUGUCCAAGCACAAGCCGCGCUCGCAGUCACCGCAGCCGUUCAAGCCGCUCUCCAGCAGCUCCAGGCAGAGCUCCAAGUCGUACAGCGACCUCAAGAGGGUGCCACGAAGCGAUCUGCAGUCGCUGUCGGCACGCACCAGCCAGGACACGGACACGGACACGACGACGACGCACUCCACAGCCACCACAGUGGCGACGGUGGCCACGGCACGGCCCGUCAGUUCCUAUGUGAACUACGACGAGCCGGGGGACGCCAGCAUGCGGGCGCUGCUCGAUCGCAGCAAGCGGCUGCACAAUCGCAAGCGAGAGUUUGUCAACGAGCGGGUGGUGGAGCGCAAUCCCUAUAUGCGUGAGGUCAUACGCAGCACGGACAGACGGGCGUCGGACGAGGAUUUGGCCAGCUACAGGCCGCGUCACUAUGCCAGUCCCAGCACAACGAGUCGCUUCCCCAGCACCAGCACCAGCAGCACGCUGCGCAGCAACUACGCAGACUACCUCAGUCCCAGCAGCAGCAGCGCCACCACCACCGGCGACUACCUCAGCAGCAGCAGCAGCCACCACCACCACAGGAGACCCUACUCAACGCUGGGUCUCACUUCGGGGAGCAGCUACUAUCCUCCGAGCAGUGCAUCUGCCACACCGCGCAGCUCCCAUUUGAGUGAUCUGUUCAAGCCGCGACGCAGCCCCGUCUCCAGCUACGGACGCAGCAGCGACUACAGCCUGCCCCUGCACCAGCCCGCCAGCAAAGAGUCAAAUGCAUCUGGGGUACGAUCUAUGAAGGUACAAACCGAAUCCGAGAGCACAUCCCCCGACGAGAUUGAGCUCAAUUCUGCCACUGAAAUAUCCACCGAUUCCGAGUUCGAUAACGAUGAGAUCAUACGUCAGACGGCGCCGAAAAUCUUUAUCGAUGACACCCAUCUAAGAAAGCCCACAAAAGUCCAGAUCAAGUCCACCAUGAUCACACCCAAUGCUGCUGCUGCUGCUGCCGCUGCUGGCUCCGUGCCCGGACUACAUGAGAAGCAACUGGCGGCACGCGAGAAGGGCGGCAGCUAUCUGAAAAAGUAUCAGCCCCAGCCGCCGCUGCCGCAGUUCAAGCCGCUGGUCCAAGUGGAUCCCACACUGCUGAUUGGCAGUCAGCGUGCCGCUGCUGCUGCUGGUGCUGCACCGCUCCAAAAUCCCCGUCCCGGCGACUAUCUGCUGAACAAAACGGCCAGCACCGAGGGCAUUGCCUCGAAGAAGAGCCUGGAGCUGAAGAAGCGCUAUCUGCUGGGCGAGCCGGCCAACGGCAACAAGAUCCAGAAGUCGGGCUCCACCUCGGUGCUGGACUCGCGCAUCCGCAGCUUCCAGUCGAACAUCUCCGAGUGCCAGAAGCUGCUGAAUCGCAGCAGCGACAUCAGUGCCGGCAUGCGCAGCUUCCUCGAUCGCACCAAACUGGGCGAGCAGCAGCCCAGCAACGAACUGAUGCGCUCGGCCACCAGCACUGUGAUCAACGAUCUGCGCGUGGAGCUCGAGAAACAGAAGGCCCCCACGCCCUCCAGCAACUCCACGGACAACGAGAAGGAGAAUGUGUUCGUCAACUGCAAGAACGAGCUGAACAAGGGCAUGGAGUACACGGAUGCCGUGAAUGCCACGCUCCUCGAGCAGCUCAAUCGCAAGAGCCAAUCACCCACGACGCCCACGAACAACCACGCCCCCCCCAACACGACUGUGAUCGAGGUGAUUGAUCUGGUGACGCCCGAGACGAAGCAGCCCCCGCUGCUGACUGGCGAGAUUAUUGAUCUGACGCUGGCGCUGGAGACACCAAAGAAACCCAAAAUCGAUGGCACCGACAGCAACAAGUUGAGCGAGCAAGCACAGGAGCAGGAGGAGGUGGCCAAGCCAGAUGUCUCCAAAGAUGUGAAAGAGUGCAUACCCGACAUACUGGGCGACAUAAAGGCCGGCCGCAAGCAGGCCAAGGGCACGGGCACCGAGGAGCAGCAGAGUCUGCUGUCGGAUGAGGAGAAGCGCGACUCGCCCGAGAAGGAGGAGCAGUACGAGCCGGACACUGUCCAGAUACAGGUGCCCAAUAUACCCUGGAGCAAGCCAAAACUUGAGCCCAUGUCCACAACCGGCAGCAGUGGCGGCACCAGCUGCUCCAGCUCGUCCAACACCUCCAGCAUCGAGGACAUACAGCACUACAUACUGGAGUCGACGACCAGUCCCGACACCCAAACGGCAGGCGGCGGCGGCGGCAAGCACAAUGUGCCACGGCUCGAGGUGCACGACACGAGCGGCGCCCUGAUGCAGGUCGACAGCCUGAUGAUUGUCAAUGGCAAGUACAUUGGCGAUCCGGAGGAUGUCAAGUACCUGGACAUGCCAGCCGAUGUGAUUGUGCCGCCAGUUGCGGCCCUAAAGACCAACGAACUGGAGGAGCCAGACGAUGAUCACGAUGCGGAUGUGGAGCCGGUGACGGCCACUCCGGAGCCAGCCGAGUGCACGGUUAUCGAGGCAGAACGAAAGGCGCCGCCUCCUCUGCCUGAGAUGGGACCGCCGAAGCUCAGGUUCGACAGCAAAAACGAGAACAAAAUUGAGAGCCUGAAGAAUCUGCCGCUGAUCGUGGAGCGCACGAUGGUGGAGCACAGUCAGGCCGUGAAGCCCAUCACCCUGAAUCUGAGCAGUGCGGCAGCCCGAACGCCCGAUACGCCGACCACUCCCACAGCCCAUGACAGCGACAAGACGCCCACCGGGGAGAUGCUGUCGCGCGGCUCCGACUCGGAAACCGAGCCCACUGGCACGGGCACGGGGACGGGCCAGGUGCUGACAGAGACGGAGCUGUCCGACUGGACGGCCGACGACUGCAUUUCGGAGAACUUUGUGGACAUGGAAUUCGUGCUGAACUCGAACAAGGGCACGAUGAAGCGGCGCAAGGAGCGCAGGCGUAGCGGCGCCGCAGCCCGGCUGCCCAGCGGCAGCCAGGUGAUCCAUGAGCUGGCACGCCAGGCGCAGGCGCCGGUGGUGGAAAUGGAGGGCAUACUGAGUGCCAUCGAUAUCGAUGACAUCGAGUUCAUGGACACGGGCUCCGAGGGCUCCUGCGCGGAGGCCUACUCGGCCACGAACACGGCCCUGCUGCAGAAUCGCGGCUACAUGGAGUACAUCGAGACGCAGCCGAAGAGAGUGGCGCUGAAGCCAAGCCAGGCACCAGUGCCGGGUGCAGGGGCAGGCACAGGCACAGUCGUGGCCAUGCCGCCGCUGGUGACCAAGCGGGAUGAGAAGCUGGGCAUCGAUUACAUCGAGCAGGGGGCGUACAUCAUGCACGACGAUGCCAAGACGCCGGUGAACGAGCAGCUGCCAGCCGCAAUGACCCAAUCGCUGACGGAUUCGAGCACACUGAACGAUCUGGAUGACGACAGCAUGGCCGGCUCGGGCAUGGGUCUGUCCCAGACGAUGCCGACCACCACGGAGGAGAGCGAGGCGCUGACGGUGGUGACCAGUCCGCUGGACACCUCCUCGCCGCGAGUGCUGGAUCAGUUUGCCAGCAUGCUGGCCUCGGGCAAGGCCGACUCCACGGCCAGCAGCUCCGAGCAGCAGCCAAAGACGUCCACAGUGACAACCAGCAGCAGCAGCAUCAGUGGCGUCGGUGUAGGAGGAGCCAACAACUCGACACCGGGCCAUGAAUCCAAAGAAGUCGCCGCCGCCGCUACACAGGAUGAGGAUCUGCAGAUCCAAUUCGAGUAUGUUCGAGCCCUGCAGCAGCGAAUUUCGCAGAUAAGCACGCAGCGUCGCAAGAGCUCCAAGGGGGAGGCGAACACAACUGUGAUAGAACCAGCCGAGGCCCAGCUUCAGCUUCAGCCGCAGCACCCGCAGCCGCCGGAUAGUCCAGAGAUGUCAGCGAUGCGACCCAGGAGCAGCAGCAGCUCCAGCAAAGUGCCUGAGAUACCGACGCUCAGCAGCAAGCUGGAGGAGAUCACCAAAGAGCGCACCAAGCAGAAGGAUCUCAUCCAUGACCUGGUCAUGGACAAGCUGCAGUCGAAGAAGCAGCUCAAUGCCGAGAAGCGUCUGCACAGGAGUCGCCAGCGCAGCCUCCUCACCAGCGGCUAUGCCAGCGGCGCCAGUCUCAGUCCCACGCCCAAGCUGGCCGCCGCCGCCAGCACCCACGACUCGAACUGCUCCAGCCAGGCGCACUACCAUGCCUCCUCCACGGCGGAGGAGAAGCCAGCAAUCGCAGUCGCCAUUGCCACUGCCACUGCCCCAGCGGCCGGCAAUCCCCUGCAGAAAUCGGCCACGGUCGCCUAUGUGUCGCCCUAUCGCACCGUCCUGCCGCCCACGCGCAGCGCCGAUCUGUACAAGCCGCCGCGACCCUUCAGCGAGCACAUCGAUGCGCAUGCCCUCGAGACCGGCUACAAGCUGAACAAGACGGCCUCCUUCAACAGCGGCAGUGGCCGUGGGCCACGGGUGGGCGACUUCAUCACCCCCAUUGCGCCGGCACGUUCGCAUCGCGGUGGAGGAGUCGGAGUGGGCAUCGUUCCCUCCGUGGAGAUAUCUGUCUCAACGGAGAACCUGAGGAGCGAGGCCCGCGCCAGGGCCCGGCUCAAGUCCAACACGGAUCUGGGUCUGAGUCCCGAGGAGAAGAUGCAGCUGAUGCGCAAGCGUCUGCACUAUGACGCUGCCAGACCACUCAAGCCCAAGCAGCAGCAGCAGCAGCAGCAGGAGGAACCGCUGUGCGUGGAUCUGGCGGCGCGUGCACGGAAAAUGAGUGCCUCGAAGAGCGUCAACGAUCUGGCGUAUAUGGUGAACAGCCAGCAGCAGGUGGGACACUCGAGCCUGGACAAGGAGGCCGUGGCCCAGGCCAAGGCAGCGGACUUCACAUCCGAUCCGAAUCUGGCGGCCAGCAGCGGACACCAGGAGAAGGCAAUGAAGACAAAGACAACCAGGCAAAAGGAUCCCGAGCGACGCAAGAGUCUCAUACAGUCGUUGUCCAGCUUCUUCCAGAAGGGCAGCCAUUCGCAUUCAGCGUCUGCGUCUGCAUCUGCGUCGGCGUCCGCAUCCACCAGUCCCAAAGAGCAGGGCGGCCCUGUGGCUGCCAGUCACUCUGAGCAAUCAGAGCGUCCCGGCACCAGCAGCAGCGGCACGCCCACCAUCUCCGAUGGAGGAGCCAACAGUGGCGGCGGCGGCGGCGGCGUCUUCAGUCGCUUCCGUAUCUCCCCGAAAUCCAAGGAGAAGUCAAAGUCUUGCUUUGAUCUGAGGAGUUUCGGUUUUGGUGACAAGGAUGUGCUGCUCAUCGGUAAUGCCACAAACGGCACAAAUGCAGCAGCAGCAGCUGCAGCAGCAACUGCCACAAGAUCACAGACAAAUAACUCGCAAGAUUAUCUGAACACCACAACAAACAACAGUCGAUAUCGAAAGCAAACGAACACUGCGAAACCGAAAUCCGAAACGUUCUCAUCAUCCAGCCCGCAGCUCUACAUACACAAGCCCCACCACCAUCUGGCCGCAGCGAAUGCCCUGGACGAUCAGACACCGCCACCCAUACCGCCAUUGCCACUGAAUUAUCAAAGAUCCGAUGAUGAGAGCUACGCUAACGAGACACGAGAGCAUAAGAAGCAGCGUGCCAUAUCGAAGGCUUCACGACAGGCUGAGCUCAAGCGACUGCGAAUCGCUCAAGAAAUACAGCGCGAACAGGAGGAGAUUGAGGUGCAGCUAAAGGACUUGGAAGGACGCGGCGUACUCAUUGAGAAGGCCCUGCGGGGCGAGGCGCAGAACUUUGAAAACCUGGACACAUCCAAGGACAACGAUGAAAAACUACUUAAGGAAUUAUUGGAGAUUUGGCGGAACAUCACAGCACUCAAGAAACGCGAUGAGGAACUGACCAUAAGACAACAGGAACUGCAACUGGAGUAUCGGCAUGCCCAGCUCAAGGAAGAGCUCAAUCUGCGCUUGUCCUGCAACAAACUAGACAAGAGCUCCGCCGAUGUGGCCGCCGAGGGUGCAAUACUCAAUGAGAUGCUGGAAAUUGUGGCCAAACGGGCGGCACUGCGUCCGACGGCCUCACAGCUGGACCUAACUGCAGCGGGUACUGCAUCGACCUCAACCGAGGCGGCGGGCAUAAAACUGACCGGCCAACCGCAUGACCAUGAAGAAUCGAAUAUUUGAAAAAGAAACUUUCCCUGGAGUUUGGUGGCGCCACACAUUUGGGCAAAGGCAUGGAUUUUUAAGCCCAAUUACUUAAUAAGAACAAAGAGAGAAACGUACCAAAAAGUCAGCUGAACAUUUACACCUACAAAACCAAUAAUACUAAAACGCAUGCGAAGAUGUAACGGAAAAGGAAACGAGCAAAAAACCUAUUCAGAGUGAUUUAAGCUGGCAGA